AUAUCCUUUACCAAGGUAUUGUGUAUGUGGUUCUUUGGCGGCUCACGAACACUCUAUAAUUUCCCCUUUAUUUCUACAGCAAUACGUGCCGGAACGCCACCCUGGAAUGUUCCAAGCAACCAUUAUAUUGGUAGAAAGAACAGGAUGAUCAACAAAGGGAUCGGGGAUCUUUCCGCGAUAAUAGAUCACUCACUCUUUUAGGAAGGUAAGGUCGCAAUGCGCUCUACCGCAAUCUAUCAACCAGUUACGAUGCUACCUAUUCUCAGAAUGGGAUUGAUGCGCCCCCUUCUCUUUCUCUCCUAACGUCUAUUUUCUUAAGAGGCAUUCCGGCCUACCUAUAAUUAUAAGGAUUAUACUAAAGGAACCCUCGUUAUUUGCCAUGGCACAUUGGCAAUUCCGUCUCUGGACAACCCCGCAACUGGCGCUGGUUCUUCUCGCGCCCCUCAUAUUUCCUCUAACGGUGUUCGGUGCUGAUGUGCUCCAAUUUGUUGACCCUCUCAUCGGUAGCAAUAACGGUGGAAACGUAUUCGCAGGUGCUACGAGACCAUACGCUCUAGCGAAGCCAGUCGCGGAUGUAAAUGGUCAGAAUACGGGAGGAUUUUCGACAGACGGUUCAGGUGUCACGGGCUUCUCGGCAGUACACGACAGUGGUACAGGCGGCAAUCCGAGCCUAGGAAAUUUCCCUUUACUUCCACAGAUAUGCCCCGGGGAUGAAGUAAAUAAUUGUAACUUCCUCAUUGGUGAAAGAGCUACGCAAUAUGUGAACGACUCGGUGGUCGCCCGCCCAGGCUACUUCGCGGUUGAAUUAGCUUCUGGUGUUAAGGCGACUAUGACCUCCAGCGAGCAUGCGGCCUUAUACAGAUUUGAAUUCCCUGCUGGAGAUAGCGACGGCGAUAGCCAUCCUUUGGUUUUACUUGACCUGACGGACCUAUGGCAAAGUCGUCAAAACGCCACCGUCCUUGUAGACCCAACGAAUGGGCGAUUUAAGGGAAAUGGAACGUUCCUCCCAAGUUUCGGGGCUGGAUCAUACGUGAUGCAUUUUUGUGUCGACUUCUUUGGCGGCGAAAUUUUCGAUAAUGGCGUAUGGGUCAAUAACCGCGGAGGGACAGAACCGAAAGAAUUAUUUGUCACGCGUGGCUUCAAUCUCUUUUAUUUAGAGGCUGGCGCAUGGGCUAGAUUUGACAGCUUGGUGAAUAAUACCCUGACCGCUAGAGUGGGGGUUAGUUUCAUCAGCGCGGAUCAGGCUUGCCAACGAGCAACGGACGAAAUUCCCGAGCCGCUUGAUGAUUUUGACAGGCUCGUAACUGAGACGGAGGAUGCGUGGCGCUUGAAGCUCAGUCCAGUGUCGAUUAAUCCUGGUGGCGCCAGCGAGGAUUUCCAAACCAGCUUUUGGAGCGGGCUUUACCGGACCAUGAUAUCUCCUCAAAACUAUACCGAUGAAAAUCCAUAUUGGAAUAGUGGAAUACCAUACUUUGAUUCUUUUUACUGUAUAUGGGAUGCGUUUCGUGUUCAGCAUCCUCUUCUCACGAUUCUGGACCCAGCUGCCCAGACGCAGAUGGUAAAUUCACUGUUGGAUAUCUACAAGCACGAGGGCUGGCUGCCUGAUUGUCAUAUGUCAUUAAGCAGUGGAUGGACCCAGGGAGGCUCGAAUGCGGAUGUUGUACUUGUCGACGCUUACGUGAAAAAUCUGACCGGAGUUGACUGGGAACUGGCACUCGAGGCAAUUAUCCAAGAUGCCGAGGUCGAACCACUGGAGUGGGCAUACCAUGGCCGAGGUGGUUUGCAGAGCUGGAAAAAUCUCUCGUAUAUUCCAUAUCUGGAUUUCGAUCCGGUCGGGUUUGGGACAAACUCGCGCAGUAUUUCAAGGACUCUCGAAUACGCGUAUGAAGAUUAUUGUCUAGCUGUGCUGGCUCAAGGGCUUGGACGAGAUAACUUGUACGAUAAAUACGUUUCGAGGAGUGCCAAUUGGCAGUAUUUAUGGAAAGCGGAGCAGAAUUCUGUGAUCAAUGGGAACGAUACAGGAUUCACGGGAUUCUUUCAACCCAAGUAUCAGAAUGGUACCUGGGGAUAUCAAGACCCGAUAGCAUGUUCAGCACUUGCGAGUUUCUGCUCGCUCACUACCAAUCCCAGUGAAACAUUCGAGGCUAGUGUAUGGCAGUACCAAUUCCUUGUGCCGCAAUCGAUGUCAACCUUGAUAGGAUUGAUGGGGGCUGAAGAUUUAUUUAUUAAUCGCCUUGACUUCUUUCAUACAUCGGGGCUUGCGGAUAUUUCCAAUGAGCCCGUGUUCUCAACAGUAUAUCUGUACCACUAUGCGGGGCGUCCUGGGUUAUCAACCAAGCGAUUACACACGUACAUUCCAUCUUCAUUCAACACAACCUACGGGGGCUUGCCAGGGAAUGAUGAUUCCGGCUCCAUGGGCGCUUUCGUGGUAUUUGGAAUGAUAGGUUUGUUUCCCAUCGCCGGACAAGACGUGUAUUUAAUUUCGGCGCCGUUCUUUCAAGAAGUUAACAUAACGAGUCCUUUAACGGGGAAAACCGCACAGAUCAAAACGGUUGGAUUUGAUGCCGACUACGAGAACAUAUAUAUACAGAAUGUCACCGUUAAUGGGAAGCCGUGGUCGAAGUCUUGGAUCGGUCACACAUUUUUCCAUGACGGAUGGACAAUGGAAUUGGCUUUGGGGGAUGAAGAAUCUAAAUGGGGAACGGAGUUGGAGAAUAGACCUCCAAGUUGGGGUGAAGCAAUGAUAUAAUUAUCACAAUAUCAUAGACUACCUAGGUAUGUUAUCUGCUUGAUAGUUGAAGCAAACCCGCGUGUAGCAGUGUGGAUACUACCUAGGUAGAGACAUACAUACCUACAAUCUUGGAACACUCUUGUUUGAUAAAGCAUGUCUGUUAGCUGCCAGCAAACGGCGUGAGCUAACAUUGAAAUGUCUGUUUGAUAAUGAUGUCUUGUUUUAGACAGUGAGAAAGAAAGGGGCAGUAAGUGUGAUGAAUUAAUGGUACCAAUAGGAUUAUUCCAUGUACAUGCAUGCACUACAUGCAACUUUAAGGAAUACACAUCAAUGUACAGUCUUGUGUCACUCUGCUAUCCUUAAGGUUAGAAGUUUAUCUACUGGGUACCUAUGUGUAGGUAGGUGCAC